ACAAUCUUGACUGCUGCCCCCAAAGCGCUGAGUGAGCUUGUUGGGAAGCUUCAUAGUUGGUGUAAGAUUACAACAUGCAAGUGCAGUUGUGUACACGCUUAGGGCAUAGUUGUCAACUUUUCCCUUUUCUUGCGAGGAAUCUUAUUUGGAAUAAGGGGAUUUCCCUUUAAAAAAGGGAAACAUUGACAGCUAUGGCUUAGGGGUCAUCUAAGCAAGCUGGGAGGAAUUUACCUGCUAGCUGAGCAGGCUGAAAUUUAUAGUUCAGUUGUGAUGGUAACAGGAUUGGACCACAUUGCUCUCCACUCUACAGUAUGGGAGGAAAAUGAUGUGCUAAAUGGGUGGUAGAAUUGAUGUAAGUUUUCAGGAGUAGGCUGGCUGAGGUUAUUGGGGGGUGUCGGUAACCAUCCUUGACAGACUUGCGCUUGGUUGGACUGAGAAGGCUGGAAGGUUGGUGAUAAUGAUACCAAAGCAAGGAAGCUGUGUCUCAAUACCCAAAAUGCAGUAUUCCCAUCACUGUGAGCACCUUCUGGAGAGACUGAACAAACAGCGAGAGGUGGGCUUCCUUUGUGACUGCACCAUCGUUAUUGGUGAAUGCCAGUUUAAAGCUCACCGAAAUGUUCUGGCUUCCUUUAGCGAGUACUUUGGGGCUUUUUACAGGGAUACUUCGGAGAGUAACAUAUUUUUGGAUCAGAAUCAAGUGAAGGCUGAUGGAUUUCAGAAACUUCUGGAGUUCAUAUAUACAGGAGAUUUAAACCUUGACAGCUGGAAUGUUAAAGAAAUACAUCAGGCUGCCGACUAUCUCAAAGUGGAGGAGGUGGUCACUAAAUGUAAAAUAAAGAUGGAAGACUUUGCUUUUAUUGCUAAUCCCUCUUCUACAGAAAUUUCUAGUAUCACUGGGAAUAUUGCAUUGAACCAGCAGACUUGCCUGCUAACCCUUCGUGACUAUAACAGCCAAGAGAGAUUGGAUGCCCCUUCAGUGGACACGGUGCAGUCCCCAGUCUUAAUAGCAACCACAGGGAAAAAAUCUGUUCAAACCAAAAAGCGAAAGAAGGCCUUCAGCUCUCCCAAAAACCUGCCAAACAAGCCAGCACAAUAUCCAAGUGAUGCUGCAGAGAACUCUGCAGUGGAGAUGUUUUUAGAUGCAAAUAAGCUCGCCACAGAGAUCACGGAGCAAGCUGCCCAAGGUGGGGAUAAUUCUGAGCUGCAGCUUACGCCUGUGGUGGAGAGUGAAACCUUUGCUGCGCAGGAGAUCCUUGUCCAGACGAUGACUAUGAAGUCCAAACGGGGUAAAACGCAGCAGGAUUGUGCUUUGAAGGAGCACUGCUUGUCCAACAUCGCCAGUGACAAGAACUCUUACCAGCUGGAAAGCUCGGGAGAGGAACUGGACCCGAAAUACCCCAAGGCCAAGCCAGUGUGUAACACCUGUGGCAAGGUGUUUUCCGAAGCUAGCAGUCUGAGGCGGCACAUGAGGAUCCACAAAGGAGUCAAGCCGUACGUGUGCCAGCUGUGUGGGAAGGCCUUUACGCAGUGCAACCAGCUGAAAACACAUGUAAGAACCCAUACAGACACUGCUAAAGCAAGCAGCUCAAUUCUCUACACAGGUGAAAAGCCAUACAAAUGUGAACUCUGCGACAAAGGCUUUGCUCAAAAAUGCCAGCUGGUUUUCCACAGCCGCAUGCAUCAUGGGGAGGAGAAACCGUACAAGUGUGAUGCCUGCAACCUGCAGUUUGCAACCUCUAGCAACCUGAAGAUUCAUGCCAGGAAGCACAGUGGAGAAAAGCCAUAUGUCUGCGAUAGAUGUGGGCAGCGAUUUGCACAGGCAAGCACACUGACAUAUCAUGUGCGGCGACAUACGGGAGAAAAGCCGUAUGUCUGUGACACCUGUGGGAAAGCCUUUGCAGUCUCGAGUUCCCUCAUCACUCAUUCAAGAAAGCAUACAGGAGAGAAACCUUAUAUAUGUGGAAUUUGUAGCAAAAGCUUCAUUUCUUCAGGAGAGCUCAGCAAGCAUUUUCGGUCCCAUACAGGUGAAAGACCAUUUAUCUGUGAGCUGUGUGGAAACUCCUACACAGAUAUAAAAAACCUAAAGAAACACAAAGCAAAGGUUCAUGCGGGUUCUGAGAACCCCCUGGAUCCCAUCACACUUGACCAUUCCUUCAAUGAUCAAGACUCCAUUCCAAAUGAGAAAAGCCCUUUGCUGGAAUCUGCUGAUGUGAAGCCUUCAGAUAUAGCAUUACCUCUCCCUUUUGGAACAGAGGACCAUCAAGUUCUGUUGCCUGUCACAGAUAGCCAGUCACCCCAGUCAGACACACUUCUGAGGUCUACCAUCACUGGCUAUUCAGAACCUCAGUUUAUUUUCCUCCAGCAGUUGUAUUGACAUCCUGCACAUGAUGAAAACUCGCAAAAAAACUUUGGCCACGAGAGCUUCUUUGGUAAAGGGAACGUAAUCAUGCAAGCUGUUACUGAGCUGGACUUCAUAUGGGUUUCAAAUAGGGACAUUUGAAAACGCACCUGUUUUUCUUCUGUUUAUUUUGUUAUUCUAGAACAAUGGUUGCCAUUCUUUUUGUCAUGUAACAAAAUCAGGAUAGAAUUACAGUGCUACCUUGGGUUACAUACGCUUCAGGUUACAUAUGCUUCAGGAUACAGACUCCGCUAAUCCAGAAAUAUUACCUUGCGUUAAGAACUUUGCUUCAGGGUGAGAACAGAAAUUGUGCAGUGGCGGUGCAGCGGCAGCAGGAGGCCCCAUUAUUUAAAGCGGUGCUUCAGGUUAAGAACAGUUUCAGGUUAAGUACGGACCUCCGGAAUGAAUUAAGUACUUAACCCAAGGUACCACUGUAUUGUAUUUCUAGAAGAUAGAUACUUCCUUUUUUUCUUUAGUAACACAUGCCUUAAGAAUUAUCAGUUCAUGCUGGAGGUCUCCUUCAUUGUUCAUGCAAAAGCUAAUUCUAUGUAGCCAAGAUGUUCGAUCCGUGUUGUCCACCACAUUGGCUUUCUGCAAAGUGAAGAUUGCAGAUGUGCAUGAUUUCUCUAUUUUGCGUAGAUUUUGGUUAGUGAUGAGGAAGGGCCAGAAACUAUAUGUGAGAAUUAAAACUGUGUCCCAAUACCUGGAAAUCUUUAGUAAAUUCCCUAACCGGAUAUUUUUGUAGCUGUUGCCCCCUACACAGUUUUGAAUGUAUUUUAAUAGCUAUAAGGAUUUUAAACUUUUUAUUUACAAGAAGAAAUGAAAGUUGAGAUUCUCAGGAAGCUAGAUUCUGUACCCAGCACCAUAUUUUGACCCUUUCUCACACUCCUCAGCAGAUCUGCAGCAAACGCACAACCUUCCGAAUAUGCAGCUGUUUUAUAUAGGAAUUCAGAUUCCUGUAGUUACGACCAAUGUUGGAUUAGUUUUCUGUUGAAUGAUUUUUAGGAAACACUUAUGGAGUGGUUCUUGGCCUUCAAGUUCAGUAUUGUAGGGCAUGGAAAUGCCCAUGUUGUCUCAUCAUUUUACAGUGCAAAUAUCUUCUUUUUCUUUUAUGUAACGGCAUCUUGUCGUUCAAGGUUUCAUAUUUCUCGCCUUCUGAAGUUCUGGGCUUAGAAAGAAGGGUCAGUUUUGUUGCAGUGUCAGUGGGAAAUCUUCCUUCAGAAGGCCCCCCCUCCC